CGAUGUUCUAUCAUCUCAAUAACUUUCGCGGGAAUCCAGUGAAUAAUUAUAUUUGAUUUACAAAUUAAAUUAAUUUGAAUUUAAAUAUCCGGAAACGUUUAAAUAAGAUGUCUAAUUGUAAAAUUAAAGAAAUUACUGGCGACUUGUUUAGCGCGAAUGAGAAAUAUUCAAUGGCGCAUUGUGUAGCAGCCGAUAUGAGACUUGGCAAAGGAAUUGCUGUAAAAUUUAGAAAUAAAUUCGGCCAAAUACCCAGGCUAAAGCAGCAAAAUGUCAAGCCUGGCGGCGUAGCAAUCUUGCAGGACAAGACGCGCUUCAUUUAUUAUUUGGUGACCAAACAGAGUAGUUGGGGUAAACCUACCUAUCAAACACUACACGAUUCACUGCACGCAAUGAAAACACAUAUGCUCAAAAAUGAUGUUUAUAAAUUGGCUAUACCGCGUAUUGGCUGUGGUCUCGAUGGUUUGGUUUGGCAAAAAGUUAAGGAUUUGUUGCAAGAAGUCUUCAAGGAUACGCCAAUUGAAAUACUUGUUUAUAAUUAUGUACCAUAAAGUGCUAAGCGUGCUGGAGUACUUUGUAAAUGUAAAAAUAUUAAUAUAACUUAUUUAUUAUAUUGAAACAAUUAGAUUUUAGAUGUUAUUUACUGAUGUAUUGUAAAGUAAAUCCCUUUUUUUGUGCUUUAUGUUUUACACUUUAAUAUAUUUAUUUACAAACAUUACAA